UACAAGCUAACCCUGUAUACAUGUGUUGCGGCCUAGUGAUAAUUGAAGAAUAAUUGGUAAAAUAGGUUAUUAUUCUCUUUUCUGCUGACCGACAAGGUUAACUAUCUGAUCUUUCAUAUUUUAUCUAUCAAGAUAUGUGUAAUUACAUCAAAUUUGAUUAAAAACCAAAAGAUUUAAUUGUAGUUAUAAAAUGGACAGAUCUCUAAGAAAAUUUCUGCAGUUAUAUAGAAUAUUGGGCAAUUCAAAUGUUUGCUCGAACUAUAUAGCACCACUGCAAUCAGUUCAGAACAUAUCAAGAACAUAUAGCAGUACAUUGAUGGAUCAUAUACAACUGGAAGAUGUUACUUUACCAAUGGGCAAGUAUCAUGUGAGCAGUAAUAGCAAAGGAUAUAAGUCUAUAAAGUUAUUAGAAGAAGCAGCAUCAAAUUACAUGAAUAUGACAGUAGAUGAAGCUGUUGAUACAAUGUCUGCUGUGUUUAAAUCUUGUAGACACACAAGAGAUGUACCAAAUAUUGGAAAGCAUGUAGGCUUUGUGCGUCUGUGUGAAGUGCUAAAUAGAAAUAUUAGACUCAUGAAAACAAACGAUGUUAUUGAGAGUCUAAAGGUAUUUACUUACUUCAAGAUUCCAUCAAACAGCAUUAUAAUUCAGUCAUUGUUGCAAAUGAUCCGCACAACCAUAAAUGAACUCUCUCUUCGAGAGAUAAUAUUUAUAGUUUAUUUACUGAAGAAAAUGGACAGUACACCACUAAGCGAUGCUUUACUGAUAGCUCUGCCUUUAGUAUUCGAGGCGCAGCUACCCACAAAGUUAGAUGCUGAUAAUAUAAGCGAGUUAACGUGGUCUCUGAGAUUUGCAAAUGAAAAUAAUAUAAGUAAUCAAGAACUACGAGAUAUAAUACUCAAGGCACUGCUGAAGUAUAAAAAUAGUAUGGACGUACAAGCAGCUUGGUCUAUCUUCUACAGUUUGUGUUCCACACAAACUCAGUUAUCUCCAAUUACUUUAGAAGUGUUAUCCGAUGUACAAAACAUACUCAUAACUAACGCAAGAGAAUUGAGUAUUCAUCAGAUAAUCAAACUAUCUGAAAAAUUAUUAUUUGUUAUUGGAAAGAAUAAAGAACGUGGAUCGAAGUUUUAUAGCGAAGCAAUUAUAGAUGCUCUUAUUAAUUCGGCAUUAUCUUCGAAUAUUAAUUUUGUUGACGGCAUUUAUCUACUCAAAGUAUUAAAUCAGCUGAACUACGCGUAUAUACCUUUCCUGGAAUAUUUAUCAGCAAAAUGUUUUGAACAGCCGAGUCUAUUGAAGGAUGCAUCAUAUUUUAGACUAUCUGUUUUCUUGGAGGGAUUUGUCAAUGCCGAUUAUAAACCAGUAUUUUGGGAUACCAUAAAAGAUGCGAUAUUAGCGAGUGAUAUAAAAGAUAAAUCUUUCAACAGAUCUAUGAUUAGAUUUGUUCUGCAUCUGACUGCGCUAGAUUGUUAUAAUCCAAACUUACUCGAUAAAGUCUUUUCUCAAAAUAUACAAAACAACGAAGCGCUGAAAGACACUUAUGCGAGAGAGUUAUUAUUGUUAUACCAAAGCGUAAAAACACUGUAUCCUACAUACGAUAGAUCAUGGCCGUCUCAAGAUAUUCUUGAACACGCUAUCAAUCUUGGUCCGAUACUUCCUACUUUUUCCUUGAGGUCAGCGUUGGAACUAGCAUUAGGUGGUCCUCAGUAUAUUCACAAUAACCUAAAAACCAGACUUGGUCAUCAUAUUGACCAUGUUGUUGUCAUGAGAAAAGGUAGAUAUCCAGUCGCAAUUAACACAAAUACAGCAGUUAAAUUUAAAACAAUGUACAUCGAAGACGUACAAACUCCAAACGAGAGUCAAAUGAUACUUAUCUUUAAUUUACCUGACGUUGCUUACGCGGUGAAUUCGCAAAGAUUAAAAAGUACAUGGUCGUUAAAUAUAAAAUCUGCUGAAGCAUUCACCAAAUCUAACACAAUUGCGAUAAAUUCUACUUCUUGGAUGAAGUUACCCGAAUACGAAAGAGUUCCCUAUCUGAUGCAAGCUAUAAGGCUAAAAUGUGAAGAUUUUACAGUAGAUUAACAUAUUUUAACCAUCAAUAUGAUGUACAUGAAAAAAUAUAGAAUUGU